AACCCAAGAAAAAGAAAAGGUUUCGUUCGAAAGAAGAAGCAGAGGAAGCGCACUGGAAAAAGGCAAACCCUAUUCGCCCCUCCACCUCGAUCGUCCGUCCGAUCGGGCGUUGAUUCCGAAUCUCCGAUGGACUUCGCAGAGCUGGAGGCGGUGGAGGGCCUCCGGUGGCCGUGGCACUCGUGGCCGCCGACGGCCCCCGCCGCCGCGUCGCUCGUCGUCCCCACCGCCGUCCUCUGCUCGCCGCUGCAGCACCCCACGGCGCCCGACCUCCUCCCGCUCCUCCCCUACGCGCCGCUCCGCUGCGCGACCCCGCCCUGCGGCGCCGCGCUCAACCCCUUCUCCCGCGUGCACCACGGCUCCGCGCGCUGGUCGUGCCCCUUCUGCGGCGCCGCCGCCAACCCGUUCCCGCGCCGCCUCGCACCCGACGCGCUCCCCGCCGAGCUCUUCCCCACGCACUCCAGCGUCGAGUACGCGCUGCCCCCGGACCCCGCCGGGGGGCCCGGACCGCCCGCCCUCGUGUUCGUGGUGGACGCGGCCACCGCGGCUGGGGAGCUUGCCGUGCUCAAGGCUGAGGUGCGCAGGGUCGUUCAGGGGCUGCCUGAGGGGGUCAGGGUGGCGCUCGUCACCUUCGCCGCGUCGGUGUGGGUGCACGAUCUCGGAUUCGAGGGGUGCGCCCGAGUGGUCGUGAUCAAUGGCGAGCGCGAGCUUGAGUCUGGCAAGAUACAAGAACUUCUAGGUGUCCAGCAUUCGCGAUUCAACAACCUGGUUAUGCCAAGGUCCACUGAAGCGCAGAGAUUUUUGCUGCCUGUUUCGGAAUGUGAAUUUAACAUCACAUUUGCAAUAGAGGACCUGAGCUCCAUGUCUGUGUGCCCACAUGGGCAUCGCACUUUAAGAGCUACUGGCGCAGCUGUUUCCACUGCUAUUGCUCUUCUAGAAGGUUGCUGCUCACCUAGUGCUGGUGGUCGAAUUAUGGUCUUCACUUCUGGUCCUGCGACAGUUGGCCCAGGGCUUGUGGUGGAAACUGAUCUUGGGAAAGCGAUUCGUUCUCAUCGUGACAUUUUCAAUGGCAAUACACCUCUGUCUAACAAAGCACGUGACUUCUACAAGAAAGUUGCAAAGAGGUUAACAGACCACGCAUUAGUUCUUGAUGUAUUUGCCUGCUCUCUUGAUCAGGUUGGUGCUGCAGAGCUGAGGUAUCCAAUUGAAGUGUCUGGGGGCUUAAUGGUGCAUACAGAGUCAUUUGAGUCUGAGCAGUUCAAAAGCUGUUUAAGGCAUGUCUUCGAGCGUGAGGGCAUUGAUUAUCUUAACAUGAACUUUAAUGUGAUGAUUGAGGUAGUGACAUCAAAGGAGGUCAAGAUUUGUGGUGCCCUUGGUCCCUGCAUUUCCCUCCGCAGGAAAAACAGCUCGGUUAGCGACAAGGAAAUUGGUGAGGGUGGGACAAAUUAUUGGAAAACUAGUACCCUGAACAGCAAAACCAGCAUUGCUUUCUUUUUUCGAGUUGAUUGCAGUCACAACACUGAGCCUCCAACUGUCUUCUUUAUUCAAUUCAUGACAAGGUACCGGCAUGGUGAUGGUAGUUAUCGCCUAAGGGUAACGACUGUUGCGAGAAGAUGGGCUGCACCUAGAUCUCCUGAAAUUGCUGCAGGGUUUGAUCAAGAAGCUGCUGCAGCUGUUAUGGCCAGGCUUGCCGUUUACAGGGCAGAGACAUACCAUGUUAGAGAUGUUAUACGAUGGCUUGACAAGAUGCUUAUCCGCUUUACAGCUAAGUUUGGAAACUAUUUUCCUGAAGAUCCAUCUACAUUUCGGCUGUCAACAAACUUCUCCCUGUAUCCGCAGUUUAUGUACUACCUGCGGAGGUCACAGUUCAUUGAUGUUUUCAACAGCUCUCCUGAUGAAACUGCUUUCUUCCGGUUGAUGUUGAAUAGGGAGGGAGUUGUGGGGUCUCUAAUCAUGAUCCAACCUACUCUAUUCCAGUACUCAUUUGAUGGACCGCCUAUUCCUGUGCUGCUAGAUGUCAGCUCCAUCUCUCCUGAUGUCAUUUUACUAUUUGAUUCAUACUUCUACAUUGUGAUUCAUUACGGCUCAAAGAUUGCUCAAUGGAGGAAGCUUGGCUAUCAUAAGGACCCAAACCAUGAAAAUUUGCGGAAGCUACUUGAAGCACCCGAAGUAGAUGCAGAGGCACUAAUGGUGGACCGAUUCCCUGUGCCAAAACUCAUAAAGUGUGAUCAGCAUGGUAGCCAAGCUAGGUUUCUGCUAGCCCGGUUGAAUCCAUCGGUGACACAGAAAACACAGGUUUCAGAGGGAUCUGAAGUCAUAUUCACCGACGAUGUUAGUUUGCAAGUAUUUAUUGAACACUUGCAGGAGUUGGCUGUUCAGGGCUAGAAAAGCAUGGAGCCUGACCAUAUUUGUGCUAUCUCAGUUGGGUCCAUAUGUGAUCCUGAAGUUAUGGCAUUCAGAGCGAUCAGGUCGAGUGUCAUAUUCACAGAUGAAGUUUACUUGCAAGUUUUUAUUGAACACUUGCGGUAAUUGGUUGUGCAGGAUUAAUGUGUUCAUGUGGAUUAUUUAUAUGCUAUUUUCUGGUCUUCUGCUUCAAAUACUGGGAGGGCUCUACUGCCUGGAGGGAUGAGAUCUCCCUGAGUUGUUGUACAUUGCUCAAGCUCCAGUUUGAUGUAAGCCAAUUACAUUUUAGUUUUGUAUAGCAUGUGGUAUUGUCCUCUGGAAAUGCUGGUUUCCUCUGGAAAUGUUUGUUGUGCAGUAAACCAACAUCUGGUUCCAUUUCUGAUUUUGCAAUAGUCAAUGGGACAAUAGUUCUAUUUUAUGGGGCUUUAAUUGCUAUUUUUUGUAGACUUAUUAGUUAACACGCCCUUUAAGCAGAGCCAUUUCAACACCACAAAGACUGAUAUUUAGACUGCCUGUAAUUCUGACCACAUAACGUCCAUAUGAUCAUUGGGAGUUCUGAUUGAAUUGUUGCGAGAUCCCAAAAGAACGGCCAUUUUUAUACUGUUUUCAAGAGAUUAUUAUAUGUUCGACACUGUGCGGACUAAACAUUAUUGGCAUCUUGUUUAUCGGUUACAUUUCUGUGAUCAUAAAUGUGUGAUGAAUAAAGUAUGGUUUAAUUUGUUUA